AUGACGACACCCAUUAACGGAAGCCAUGCCAUGGGCCAGCCACAACGCAAGAACACGAACCCCUAUGAUCAUAUGGCUGGCCAAGGCGUUCCAGCCCGACCAGCGACAGCUGCUGGUAGCAGACCACAACGAUCAUUCACUGGGGGUUCUAGGGAACAGCAUGAUGCCUUCCCAAGUCGCUUCGACGAUGGCCAUGGCUACGGACAACAGUCCAACGGACAAGGUCCAAACUUCAACCAAGGCCACGGUCAAGGAUCCGGUCCAUACUCCGGGCAUGAUCGCACAAGCCUCCCUGAUUUCGAUGCAAUUCCACAGAACGCCCGAGGAUCAUUUGACGACUUUAUCCAAUCAAGCCCGGAGCAACGUCAACCUGGUGCUCACCAAACAGCUCAAUUGAGUCAUGCCAAGUCCCAGCCUGAUUUACGCCAGCCUCAAGCUGCUGUCUUCGAGAUGGCCCCUGAUGCUCCCUCUGUGCCACCCAUGCCCAGUAUGAACAACUUCCCACCACGAAAGGACUCGAGUUACAGUGAGCCAAGGAACUACAACCAUCCUCCUCGGGGGGCAUCCCGAACUCCAGCUCCCGGUCAGGCAAACGCUCCCUCGUUGAUGCGACCAGGAGGUCCUAUGCCACCAGUUCCGCCGGCCGCCAGCACAAACCCGGACGCGCUUCCUUCACACCCGACUCCAGUACGCGCUGGACUGAUGGAAAAUUCUAUGGUCAAUAUGAACAACAGACCACCUCCUGUACGCAACUACGGCGGCGUCCAACAACCGCAGCCACCGAAGCAAAACCACCAUCCAGCACCUCAACGACAACAAGGCCCACCGGCUCCCAAGAGAGCUUCACUAACAAAGCCACAAGAUCCUCCUGUGACUCCGCAAGAGCUCGAACACCUUCGAAUGGUAAUCAAGAACAACUCGAAUGAUCAGGCGUCAGCCUUGCGUCUAGCCAAAAGGCUUAUUGAAGCCUCUGAUGUUCUUGUUGCAUCCAUGCCCGAUCCCAAAGCCAGGGGGAAAGCUCGAGAAAGGUAUAUCAUGGACGCACACAAAAUAUUGAAGAAGUUGUGCAAUGCCGGGAACACUGACGCUAUGUUCGUAAUGGCCGACGGUCUUGGGCGCGGACUCUUCGGUGGCGGCGAUCACGACACUAAGGAAGCCUUUACAUUGUAUCAGUCGGCGGCCAAGGCUGGCCAUGCCGCCGCCGCUUAUCGAACAGCGGUAUGUUGCGAGAUUGGCAGCGAGGAAGGUGGCGGAACUCGGAAGGACCCGAUGAAAGCAAUCCAAUGGUACAAGCGUGCUGCAGCUCUGGGCGACACGCCUGCAAUGUACAAGAUUGGUAUGAUUCUGCUGAAAGGGUUGUUGGGCCAGCAACGAAAUCCGCGGGAGGCUGUAGGAUGGCUGAAGAGGGCGGCUGAGAGGGCUGAUGCGGAAAACCCGCAUGCUCUUCACGAGCUGGGCCUGCUCUUUGAAUCGGCUCAACCCAACGACGCCAUCAUUCGAGAUGAGCCUUAUGCCCUUAGCCUCUUCCAGCAAGCCGCAGAUCUGGGAUACAAGUUUUCACAAUUCCGGCUUGGCUGUGCGUUCGAAUAUGGUCUCAUGGGUUGCAGGAUCGACCCUAGACUGUCGAUCAUGUGGUACUCGAAGGCCGCGCAACAGGGCGAGCACCAAGCCGAGCUGGCACUGAGCGGCUGGUAUCUCACGGGCAGCGAGGGCGUUCUAGGACAAAGCGACACGGAGGCAUACCUAUGGGCCCGGAAAGCCGCCAUAGCGGGACUGGCCAAGGCCGAGUAUGCUAUGGGCUAUUUCACCGAGGUCGGCAUCGGAAUCGCCGCCAAUCUGGAGGAUGCCAAACGAUGGUAUUGGCGUGCUGCCGCCCAAGACUUUCCAAAAGCCCGUGAACGAUUGGAAGAACUCAAACGAGCUGGAAGAAACGCUCCCCGUCAGCGGGAGCGCAUUUCACGAACCAAUCAACAGGAGGGCGAGUGUAGUGUGAUGUAA